GUCCCUUAAAAAUUUUCUUUUUCUGUUCACUGCUCAAGCACUUUGCUUACGUCUUCAGGAACAGGAUAUGGGAAAUUGGUGAAAUCAUGAGUUGGUGGGUUUAGCACUAAAAGGGAAUAAUUUGGGGUUUGCUACUGAUUAUUCCUUUGAUUAAGUGAAUAGAUGGUGGUGAAUUAGGGUUGGAAAGAAGAAAAAAAAUCAGCAAGACCAUGAUGAUGAUGAUGGUUUGAAAAGAAGCAUAUUACUGCAGUAUAUUAGUCUAGUGAAGGGUGGCUGAGAUCAGGACUUAGAUCAAGGUUUUACAUUAGAAAUCAGAGUUAAUGGAACUGAGAGGCCAAGAUAAGGAAAUGGGGAUGCCGAGCUCUUUUAGUUAUAAUAAUAAACUCAACAGGAAUUCUUCCUCGAGUGUCUCGUUUUCUGCGCCUAUAAAUUCAGCUGUAGGAGAAAGGAGAGAUCAAACUGUUCACGGUGAGACAGCAAUCCUCAAUCCUAACCCACCUCAAACCCUAGAUCACCAUCCUCUUUACCACCCUGAAUUGAAUCCACACCAUCAUAUACACCAGCCCAGAAGAGAUCCAGACCAAGACAAAGACCCAGAUCCAGUUUCAGCUUCAAUAGCUACCACCAGUGCAACAGUGACUGCUACAGCUGACAGAACAAGCCUAAAAUCACCACAGCAACGACCUCCAACAUCAAAGCCACCGCCAGUAGCUGGUCCAGCAUCAACAACUAUCAGCUCUACUCCUUUGAUUAGAUAUAGAGAGUGUUUGAAGAACCACGCAGCCAGCAUGGGUGGCCAUGUUGUGGAUGGCUGUGGAGAAUUCAUGCCAAGCGGCGAAGAAGGCACCCCGGAAGCCUUGAAAUGUGCAGCCUGUGAAUGCCACAGGAAUUUUCAUAGAAAAGAAAUCAAUGGGGAAUCACAAUAUGCACCAAGCUGUUAUUAUACCUAUAAUCCCAACAAAAAAAAUACAGGAAGAGAUACUGUACAUCCUCCUUCUCAGCUUCAUCCUCAACAGCCAACCCCUCUUUAUCAACAAAGAUUUUCCCAUGGAUUGUGUCCUUCUACGGUGCCAAUUGCACCUGUGAUGAUGAACUUUGGUGGUGGCAGCCCAUCGGAGUCCUCAAGUGAAGAUCGGAAUAUGUUUCAUCCUAAUGCCGGAGGGCAAUCAUCACAUCCACAGUCAUCAAAGAAGAGGUUCAGAACAAAGUUCAGUCAGGAGCAAAAAGAUGCGAUGAUGGAAUUCGCUGAGAAGUUGUGUUGGAGAAUCCAGAAGCAAGAUGAGCAAGAAGUGCAGCAGUUUUGCGCUAAAGUGGGAGUAAAGAGACAGGUUUUCAAAGUUUGGAUGCACAACAACAAACAAGCUAUGAAAAAAAAGCAGAUGUAAGAAAGAUUUUUCUUCGAAAAAAAUUAAAGUAGCAACUCCUUAGAGAAUGGAUAGAUUUAGAGAAAAAUUUUACAUAAAAAAAUGUGCAUAACCCAAUAGAGAGAAAGAAGGAAAUAGAUUAGAACUCUUACAACAUUUACUGUUUUUUCCUGAUUUGUAGAAAUGUUUAAAUCUGUAAUCAUCUGCUUAAUUCUUCUAUAUAAUUUCUGACAUAUCACAGUUCUUAGAAACAUUGGCAACUCAUAAAGAUUGUAGUACUUCUUUCACUGAAACAUCUAGGAAUCUCACUUUGUCAGGAUAUUUCAUUAAAGAAAACAUUAGGCAAUUUGUAAUUGAUCUUCCUUUUCUACAAAUGAUUCUGACAUAUUACAAUCCUUAGACUUUAGAGACAUUGGUAACACACAAGAGUGUAUUAUUUUCCCACUCACCCAUAACCCAUUGUUUUUUCUACUCAGUGGCUUAUGCUGUUUCACUUAUUAGGAAAUAAAUCGUGUCGUUUAACAGAACAUAGAAAAAUUUUAUGUAUGCAGAUCUUCUCCCCUUUUCCUCCAACUUUUCCAUUUGACUUACUGAUCAUGGUACCUUUGGUUGCUUCCAGCCCUACC